GCGUGCACCGGACCACAUACGUGAAUAAGUGGAGUGCGCAAGCAAAUCUAAGUCAACGAGAGGAGAAAUUAUUCCACAGCGAGCGCUGUAAUCUUUUGUUCGUGCAUCGGCAUUGAUUGCCCGUUCGACACCAAUACACUGACGAUAGUGUGGAGAGCGUGGUCAGCGGAAGCAGUCAUUGAAUCAUACGCACUGUGUGCAAAUUUAGAAUUAAAGUUCCACGUAAUGGCAGAGGGUGGUGGGGAGUCUCCUUAUAUGGAGAUCUCCGACAUGGAAACAAGUGACUCCCCCUUAUGUAUGAAAAAGGAAACAGGAAGAGCACUCAAACGCGAUAACUCUUCCGGGGACGAGUCAACUCACCCUACUAAGCCCCCCUCGAAAAAACUCGCAAGUCUCCCUCCCCAACUUUCCGAUUCUCCCACUCUCCCUCCUCAGCCCUCCAAUACUCCCACUCUCCCUCCCCCUUCCUCGGUUUCGCUUCCUCCUUCUGAUAUUACCGUUACAACUCAAUCCUCGUCCUCGUCUUCUCCCUCUGUUGUCUCCGCUCCACGUAUCAGAGUCUAUCCAGAAGAUGCACCAGGAACUGGCCCGUGGGUUGUUUUCUUCCGGCCAAAACCAAAUGGAAAAGGCCUUAACGUGAUUCAGAUCAUGAAAGAUCUGACCAGAUACACUUCCGUAGAAGAAAUUUUCAAGGUCAGACCGAACAAAUUACGAGUUGUCGUGUCUGAACGGAAGGAUGCAAACGAGAUUGUUGCUGAUAAGCAUUUCAUCCUCGAAUAUCGCGUAUGGAUUCCCUCCAAUGACGUAGAAAUCGGGGGGGUGAUAACUGAAACGGGUUUGACGUGCGAAAAAAUUAGAAGUGAAGGAGUUGGCAAGUUCAAGAAGCUCCCUUCGGCGGAAGUCAUAAUCUUGGACUGUCGCCAACUCGGUAAAGUCUCCCAAGAAAAGGAAAUAACAAAAUUCACGCCGUCCGACUCGUUUAGAGUAACUUUUGCUGGUUCCGCUCUCCCGGACUACGUUAUGGUGGACAAAUUGAGGCUACCGGUGCGACUCUUCGUGCCAAAGCCCAUGACUUGCCAAAAAUGCAAGUCAGUCGGCCACACUUCAGCUUAUUGUGGCAACAAGGAGCGCUGUGCAACUUGCGGAGAGCAACAUGUGGGCGAAUCUUGCAGUGCGACUGAGCAUAAGUGUCCAUAUUGUGGGGGGCUCCACAUGUGCUCUCAGCUUCAAAGAGGUGAUAAUUUGACGGGACCAGGUCUGGAGUAUACGGCAGGUGUGAUAAAGUUUUCCCAGUUAAGGGGUUUGAUUGCGUCGUUCACGGGUUUAGUGGUGUGCAAUGCACCGGUCAUGCUAUAA